UAUAUUUUUAACACCAUGGAAAACGUAUCGAAGAUCUGGUUGGGUCCGCUGCCCGCUGACUCCCCCUAUGUGAAGCCAUUUCGUAUGUACUACAUCCAGAAUGGCGUGGAGAAGAACUGGGACCUGCUCAAAGUUCACGAUAGCGUGGCAAUCAUUUUGUACAACUCAACGCGACAGAAGCUGGUGCUAGUGCGCCAGUUCCGUCCGGCGGUGUACCACGGUGUCAUCGCCAGCGAGCAGGGGAACUUUGAUAAUGUCGACCUCCAGGCAUUUCCGCCCUCAAUUGGUGUGACCUUGGAGCUGUGCGCUGGGAUUGUGGACAAAUCGAAGAGCUGGGUUGAAAUUGCACGGGAGGAGGUUCUCGAGGAGUGCGGCUUCGAUGUGCCCGUGGAGCGCAUCGAAGAGGUCAUGGUUUAUAGAUCUGGUGUGGGUGCUUCGGGUGCCAAACAGGCCAUGUACUACUGCGAGGUGUCCGACGCCGAUAAGGCCAACAGCGGCGGCGGUGUGGACGAUGAAAUUAUUGAGGUCGUGGAGCUCUCCCUGGACGAGGCCAAACGCAUGCUGCAGAAAGGAGCUGUGAACAACAGUCCGCCCAGCUGCCUGAUGGGCCUUUUAUGGUUCUUUGCCAACAAGGCACCCGUUACGGUUUAGAUAAAACAUCCCCCAUUGUUGACUCUGCGGAGAUAAGACGGACGUCUCGGUGAUAAGGCGGGGGACUGUUAACACACUUCAAAUGCUUUCCAAUUGAAUCAUGUGAAUGAAUGCGCCCAGCGCCCAAGUAAAUCCAAAACUCAAUGCCUCACGAGGCUAUGUAAAGUAUAAAUAUUUUCCUACAUGAGAGAAUAAACUUUGUUCAGGCAGGCA